GGCAAAGGCAAGGACACUGACAGCUGUAGAGGAUAUGAGUGCAGCACAGAAAAGAAUUGCAGCUUCUAGAUUGGUCAAGGAAAUUGAAGCUAAGAACAUAAUUUUAAAAACCUAGCUAUGGAAGAUGAUAAUAAAAGCCCAGAAAGCACUGUGCAACUUUCUUUAAAGCACUGAACAAAGGAUAGUAUGAGGUAUCUGGCAGGAUGAUAGCAUACUUCCUUAUGCAUAGAGGGCCAUCACCAAAUUUUCUAAGCAAGACAUGCUAUACGGCUAUUGUUAAAGGCCUACCAGCUGCAGCUGCUGAGGUCAAGACUGAUGACAUCGGGGAUGAAACAUUGAAAAACAACAUUAAGAAUCUAUCUCAAGCAACCGAUGAAAGUCGUUAUGAGGAAGCAGUGGAUGCAUUAAUGGACGCCAUCCAAGUGGCUGGGUUAGUUCCUCUGUCAAUGAAAAUUGACAACAAGGAAGAUCUGGCCAACGCUCUUACACGUUUUGUUGUGCUUGACAAAGCUGCCAUAGUUUAUGACAGGUAGGUACCAGCAUUCUGAUAAUGUUUGUAACAUUCAUUGAUGACAAAAGCACAGGCUUAAAUGUUGAGAGGUGAAAGUAUCAACCAUCCUUCAGGUUUCGAGAUGGGCUUGCUCAAUUUGGUCUUCUGAAUGAAAUGCAGGCAAAGCCAACUAUUAUGCAACAGCUUUUUGUUUACAAUGCAAACAAGGUAACGGCAAAAGAUUUCCUCUAACUGUUGACAAUCAAAUGUUCGGAAAAGGGCAGCAAUAGACAGCAAAGUAACAAUCUAUGAACUCAAUCAAUGAAUAAAUUAUUCAACAAUACAGUAUAUUAAUAGGGUUCUUAAUGGGAUAAAGAUAAUGUGUGCAAUAAAAUAUACUUUCUUAGUUUUAUAAAACAUUUCAUAGCAAAAUAAA